AUGGUGUAUGCCGUAUGGCUAUCAGUGAGCACGACAUGUCUAUUUGAAGCAACAAAUAAAUUUCGAUUCUGCCGACUUGAUCAAUAUUGCAGCGUCAUGCAUGAAGUGUGUGUGAUGAGCGUCAAUGCUUAUUUCAAGCUACGAGACGAAAUGUCGAAGGCCGUGCUUAUUCCGGAAUGCAACAAGGAUAUUGGGGGUAUGAAAGAGGAGAUUUGCAUUUCUCCAAACGAAAAGAAAGAUGGGAUGAUGAUGGGCUUGUUUAGUAGGCUUUUAAGAUUCGAUUCACUGAAGAGGCAAACUCCGGAAAGUCCAAUUGCUACAGAUCCUCCCACAACUUAUUAUGGAGUUUAUAUCCCUUGUGAAAUCAUAAAAGGUCCUGAUGAAAAGGCACUUCAUGUUUAUGAAAACAAAUUGGAAGCUUUAGAAUUAGUCCGUCGGUACAAAUCUGCAAGAUUCAAGGCAUUCAGGAAUCAUCAAGAUGCUGUGUCUUUUGCUCUCAGGGGUGCAGAACCUAUUGAAAUACAUGAUGGAAAUGGAAACACGUUAAUGGGUGAAAAACCGUACCCAUUCAAAGCACCGUCGCCACAAGACAUGGUAGCUCUACGAAAAGCGAUAGAGGCGGGCUUAGCGAGCACCGUGCUGGACCGCGUGUGGGACAACCCGCGGUAUCUAGUCAGUAGUGGGAAUACACCUGCUAUAGUACAGGAAGGUGCUCGUUACAACGCCCUCCACAUAGCGGCAAAGUCAAUGAAUGCUGAAAUCUGCAACAUCCUCCUCAACACCGUGGGCAAUCCAGAAUUCGUUCAAGCAUUGUAUGGUAUGGACGCUAAUGCAGACGCUUGCAAGGAAUUCGCAUCAAUCCUACUUGAUAGAUAUCUGAACACGCCAGACAAAGGGCUCAACGAGACGCCCCUGCACUUCGCCGCGAAGUUCGGCGCCGAGCACGUGGUCGAUGUCCUCACAUCGUUCCCACAGUGCAAUAAGGACGCGAAGAACAAACACGGCGAAAUGGCUAAAGAUAUAAUAUGUAGCCGCGCGCCGUCUGUCGGCGGCGAGGUGAGCGCGCGCAUCGCGGCCAUGCUGCGCGAGCGCUACUACGUGCCCGUGCUGCACUGCGAGGACGGCAGCGCCGCGCCCACCGUCGGCCGCGCCUUCACGCCCGCCGAGCCCCUGGAACUGAACCGGGACCCACUGUCUCCGCGUUACGAGAUCCGCGCGUUCGCGGGCCCCAUGCCGGCGCGCGACGCCGACGUGUUCCGCCGGCGGUGGAAGACGCCCCCGCGGGCGCCCUCCCCCGCGCCCCCCUCCCCCUCCCCCGCCGCGUCCCGAGCCUCCCCCUUCCGACUGCGGGAGCUUAGUAAGGGGUUGGAGUCUGUCGGGAGAAAUCUAGCGGAGCAAAUGAAAGUGGGUUGGAAAGAGUAUUGGCCGUUCCUCGACACAUUCACAGACUUACGAUCACCAGAAGGCCAAACACUUUUAGAGAACUAUCUGAAGGCUAAAUAUGAGACCGCGUAUUCCUUCGCUCAAACUGACAGUAUAAACCAAACGCAACAUUCUGAUGACCUAAACAUAUCUAGGAUAAGCUUAGGCAACCUAUCCCACAGUCCGACGCAGGACGCCCUAAGUCCUAUAUCAGAACUCUGUGUAGCCAUGAAGACGUGUAAAAUCACGGACAGGCCCGACUGGAGGAAGAAAGAUCCGAUAAGACAAAGACUAUGUAGACAACCUAGUGCCAAGCCAAUACCAACCGCUAACGGUGACUCGAUACAAACAAAUCACACUGUCAGUCAGUUACUCUGCAUCGAGAGAACUUGCCAGGUCUUCGCGAAAAGAAUAGCCGAUGCUCUUGUAAUUUCGCUCUCGUCUGAACCGGAAGUCGCAGGGGAAUCGUUAAAAUCUGAGGCGAAGCAUUUGCAGCAUACGAUAUACACGUACAUGGACGAUGAAAGGUUUAAAGACAUCAAUUUUUCCUUAGCGCAUUCGCGUCUCGCCCAAUUAGUUGUGUUCAAAUUGAAACAGCAAACGAAGGAAUUGGAUGAUAUUAACAAUUUAAUUGAAUUCCUUAUUAAAUUGCGUUGUCCGAACGACGAUAUCUUCAGUUCUGACGAUGAGAGGAAGCCGUUUACGUACAGAACUAAUAGGUUGAAGGUAAAUUACGUGAUAGACGGACAUGUUCGUUGUUUGUCGAGUUUUAUAUGUGAAGAGUUGACGGAAACAGAUGCGACAAAAGGUCCGGCGGUUUCGGAGUCGGAGUGCGCGGAGAUAUGGGAAAAGGCAGCAAAGUGUCGAUGUGAUUGGAAAGUUGAGGCGUUUGAGAGAAAUAGCAAGAAAAAUGCAUCGUUCAGAAAGAACAGAUCAAUGUUGUCGACGAGCCCCAAAAGUGAGGGUUUCAUUCGACGUCUCACGUUUGAGCACGAUAUUGGCGACGGCAAGGCGACGGCGGGCGGCGCGCGCGCGCUCGCGGCCAACUCCCCCGGCGGCGACGCCGCGCGCUGCCGCCUCCACGUCGACAAGUGCCUCGUCAUGGACGCAGAGAUCUCAGACGACGACUCUACGGCAUCGAACUCCAACUCAGACGGCUAUGAGACGGCUUCAGAACAUGACAGUGAGGAUUCUAUGCAAGAUGCUAGCGAUCGAGCCCUCACAGAGCCCUUCAUAUAUGGGGAAGAACCGACCAAAAUGGACCGGCUGGUGUUCGAGGCUCUGAACGGGAUCGACAUUUCGGCCGACGAGUUCCCCAACACGUACCGCUGGCGGCACACCGUCGCGCUGUACACGCCCGCCGAGAGAGACGGAUGGCAAGCGUGUGCGGGCGACACGUCCUGCGUGUGUGUGUGGCCCGACAGCCCGCGCCCGCACUGCAGCACGCCGCGCCGCGACCACCCGCGCGACCACAUACGUGACCACAUACGUGACCACAUACGUGACCACUCGCGCGACCACCUGCGUGACCAAUCGCGCGACACGCCUGACCGAGCCGUGUCCUUGCAGGUAUCAAACUGGCUGAGAGUGACGGGACCAAACUCACCGAAAUCCGCGAAAGUAGCUAAAAACGUCGGACACAACUUGAGAGAAGACACGAAGGAGAUCGGACGG